ACUUUGAUGGAAAAGGAAAAGCCUUCCGACCAAUUAUUGUAGUGCUAAUGGCUCGAGCGUGCAAUGUUCAUCAUGAUAACUCCAGAGUGCCUCUCAGUGAGCCCUGCCAUUUUACUGCUACUUCCCAGCAGGAAGUCCAGUCUCCUGGCAUAGUUUGUGAUAGCGGAAGUGGUGCUCAGCCUAUGUGAAUGCAUGAGAAAGGCUGGAGACCUUAACAGUUGUUUUAAGAUGUUCUUCAGAGAAAAAGUGCUAUGCAAAAGCCAGGAUUAAAAUUCUCAGUCCUAGAUUGGAUGUGGGUACUUUCCCAUGAAGAUCAUGAAGGAGAUAGUACAUAGAAUUUGUGUAAAGCAGCAUUGCUUUCUGUUUAUUAGAGAUGUGCAAGCAAGUCAACGCACCAUAGCCUUAAUUGCAGAAAUGAUCCACACUGCUAGUCUGGUUCAUGAUGAUGUUAUUGAUGAUGCAAGUUCUCGAAGAGGAAAACACACAGUAAAUCAGAUCUGGGGUGAAAAGAAGGCUGUUCUUGCUGGUGAUUUUAUCCUCUCUGCAGCCUCUGUGGCUCUGGCAAGAAUUGGAAAUACAACUAUUGUAUCUGUUUUAACUCAAGUCCUUGAAGACUUGGUGCGUGGUGAAUUUCUUCAGCUGGGCUCAAAAGAAAAUGAGAACGAGAGAUUUGCUCACUACCUCGAAAAGACCUUUAAGAAGACCGCAAGUCUGAUAGCCAACAGUUGUAAAGCAGUUUCGAUCCUAGGAUGUCCCGACCCAGUGGUUCAUGAGAUUGCCUAUCAGUAUGGGAAAAACGUUGGUAUUGCUUUUCAGUUGAUAGAUGACGUGUUAGAUUUUACCGCAUGCACUGACCAGCUGGGGAAGCCAACUGCAGCAGAUCUCAAACUCGGAUUAGCCACGGGCCCAGUUUUAUUUGCCUGCCAGCAGUUUCCAGAAAUGAAUGCCAUGAUUAUGAGGCGAUUCAGCUUGCCUGGAGAUGUAGAACGUGCUCGGCAGUAUGUAUUACAGAGUGACGGAGUGCAGCAAACCACCUACCUCGCUCAGCGCUAUUGCCACGAGGCAAUAAGGGAGAUCAGUAAACUGCGACCGUCCCCUGAAAGAGAGGCCCUCAUUCAGCUGACAGAAGUCGUCCUUACCCGGGACAAAUGACUGAAAUGUUUCCAGUCCACCUGGCAGCUAUAUACCAGACUGUGCCUACAGAACCCUCAUCUUUCUGUUGGUUUCCAGUGCAGGUUACCAAAAAUCAUUUUUAAAAGGAAUUUCAACUUGGUCUCUUGACAGUUUUCUUAUUUUAAAAAAAGAUCUGUGUCACAACUAUGUCAUGAAAUCUUCUGAGUCUGUUGUUCCAGUGCUGAAAACCUUGAUUGAGGCCACUCUUGAUUGUGUGUGCGGUAUUGUUUACAUGGUUAAUAUCCCCACACACACACAGAGCCAACAAUGACAAUAAAUAAUCAAUGUUAAAUGUCAGUCAUUUUGAGUAACCUUCCUAUAAUCCAACAGAAACAUUGAUAGCAGAAUAUUGUCAAUUAACAUAACCCAAAAGGUUUAUCAGAAAAGCCUUUAUAUAUAAUAUUUAGACAACAGUUCAUACACAAGCUUUGGGUUUUUCCAAUUGACAAAAAGGAAACUGGACACUAAUGGUUUGAAAAUGAUGUUUACAGUUAACAAGACCAAAAGGCACUUGAAAGUGAUGUUGGAUAGGGAGUAGUAAAGUGUGAUAUUUCUAAUUUUGCACCAGAAAUUAAAGUCACCAACCAGCAGGAAGUCACUUGUCUUUUCAUCAUUCUACUGUUCAAAGUCUACAACUGCUGGCAAAACUGACUUCACUUUGAAAUCCACAUUCCUGGCAGGCAGGAACCCAAACCCAUACAGUCC